CUUUCAAUUGCUAGUGGUUCCCGUGGAAGCCCCCCAAUUUUCCGCCAGCUCUUCCCCUAUACCCGCCAGCUCCAGCCUUGCUUGCUAAGGAUUUCUGGUAGGUUGGCUUCUCUAAUUUCCGACAAUUGGGUGAUUAAUUGCUGCCUUUGUGAGUUUAAGUGGUUGUAUGGGUGCUGGGUUGUCCGAAAAUCUGCUGGAAAUAAGGGAUGAAUUUCGGUAGCCUUGCAAUGAGUUUUAAGUCAAUUUAUGUAGGGAAUCCUUUAAUUGAGCUGCUGUGAUGAUGUAUGAAAGAAAAAGAGGAAAAUUCCUUGACUUGCUCAUUUUUUUGUCAAAGCUGGUUCUCCCAUUUCCUGUCCAUGAAUUUGGAAAAAUUGUUCUUGAUCUUCCUGUGACCCUAGCACUUGGUUAAGCCUUCUAUCCUGCGCGAUUAAGGUAAGUAAAUUAUGAUAAUGCCCUUAAAUUUUCAAGCAUAUUUUAAUUUUUUUUUGAGAUGGUGGCAAGGUUUAAAUGGGUUUAUUUGCAUUUGAGCAUGAUUAAAUGGAAAUUGAACUUUUAUCAUUUUCCUUAUUUUCUAGAAUUGAGCAUGCCCACAUGAGAUUUCUUCGGUUUAUUCUUGAAAUUGAGAACGAUUGUGAAUCGUGAAAUUUUUUUGUAAAUCUUGCUUGGUUUUGUCUCCGAUAUAGUCAUGUUAUUCGUGUGCCCGCUAGUGGAAGGUUUAUAAACGCUAGCACAUGUCGACAUGUUAUUAAUAGAACCGGUUCGCUCGUGUUAUCCUACUAGUGGGAUUAUACACUAGUAAUCGUGUGCUUCCCAAUGGGAGGUUUAUAACACUGGUCAUGGCUAAUAGAGGAGACCACUAUUUAAUUUUAUUCUGCAUUAAUGGUUUGUUAUUGAGACGCUUUGUUUAUGUUUAAACUGUUUAUUUGGCAUGCUUUAAAUUUUGAUUCCGAGCAUCCAUAUUUACUUAUUGAGAUAUUUUAUCUCAUAGUUUUCCUUGUCCGCCAUUUCAGGUAGUGAGACCCAACGCAUGGGGAGUCCGGAGGAGUGACGAGCUAGACGGCUAGGCAUUUUUUUGGACUUAAGUUUUUGUGGUUAGGCCGCUAGUCAGCCAUGCUGACUUAGGAAUUUUUGUGUACAAAACUCCUUUAGUUAUAGAAAUGACUGUAUAGAUGAAGUUAUAAAUCUUUAUACAUUUUGACGAGUAAAUAUUUAGAAAGAAAAAGAAAUUAGAUAUUACCUG